GCUGUGACGAGCCCGUAUGCUAACGCCUGUAUGCUAACUCCUAUUGUCUGCACAAGAGAGCAGGCGGAGGCGAAGUCGAAACACUGAUUUUUUUAAACCGGUCCGAGGUAUUUUGAGUUUGGUUUUUAAAAAAAAAUGUAUUUACCAGAUUGCAUUUAAACACGGCCACGUUAAUAACUCCCGUUACACCGAAUUAAACUGAAUGGCUAAGACUGAGCUUUAGCAUCCUUCGCUAGCCGCUCUGAAGAAUGAGUCUGAUCGGUUUUUAUCAGAUCAAAGCAGCAGGACAUUUCGUCAGUUCGCAUUCAGGUCUCUUCACACUGCUGGUGGAGGAUUUCGGUGUGAAGGGUGUUCAGGUGGAGGAGAUCUACGACCUGCAGAGUAAAUGCCAGAGUCCCGUGUACGGCUUUAUCUUCCUGUUCAAAUGGAUCGAGGAGCGUCGCUCCAGGAGGAAAGUGUCCACUCUGGUGGACGAGACCUCGGUUAUCGACGACGACAUCGUCAACGACAUGUUCUUCGCUCACCAACUGAUUCCAAACUCGUGUGCGACUCAUGCCUUACUGAGCGUGCUCCUGAACUGCAGCGGGGUGGAGCUGGGCAGCACACUGAGCCGCAUGAAGGCCUUCACCAAGGGGUUCAAUCCAGAGAGCAAAGGCUACGCCAUUGGGAAUGCUCCGGAGUUAGCAAAGGCACACAACAGUCAUGCCAGGCCCGAGCCACGGCACCUGCCAGAGAAACAGAACGGCAUCAGUGCUGUGAGGACGAUGGAGGCCUUCCACUUCGUCAGCUACGUCCCCAUUAAAGACCGACUGUUCGAGCUGGACGGCCUCAAAGCCUACCCCAUUGACCACGGUCCUUGGGGAGAGGAGGAGGAGUGGACAGACAAAGCUCGGAGGGUCAUUAUGGAGAGAAUCGGCCUGGCGACCGCAGGCGAGCCGUACCACGACAUCCGCUUCAACCUGAUGGCGGUGGUUCCUGACCGCAGGGUGAAGUACGAGUCCAGGCUGGAGGUGCUCAAACGCAAUCGGCAGAUCGUUCUGGAAGGACUGCAGCAGUCGAUCAGGGCAUCCCAAACAGACACGACACAGGAACGCAAGCAGCAAGACUCCUCCUCCGAGGACACACCCGCUACUGUAAAAAAGGAGGAGGGGUCAGAUACACCGGUAGCACCUGCUGCGGCUCCACCCACAGACUCGGCUGAGGUGGCGAGUGUUCCUGCAGCGUCCGUCUCCUCAGAGAAACCCAAAGCCGCAGUGAAGCCGCCUACUCUGCCUCCAGGGGGCGCCAGCACCGGCCCCAACCCUGUCGUUCAGCGCCUGCCCGCCUUCCUGGACAACCACAACUACGCAAAGUCCCCCAUGCAGGAGGAGGAGGACCUGGCUGCAGGAGUGGCUCGUGCUCGUGCCCCUGGACCCCCUCAAGCCCCGUACUCUGAUGAUGAGGAUGAAGAUGAGGAUGAAGAGGAGGACAGGUUCCGCAAAAAGGCGGGUGUUCGUGGACGGGGCGUGGCCCGGAGUAGUGCUGGUGGGGGUGGAGGCGGAGUCUCGGGCGUGGAGGGCCAGCUGGCUCUGAACAUGCUUGCUGAGAGACUCAAAAAGGCAGAGAGAAAGGACACCAUGGCAACAACGGCGAUGCCCGGCUCCUCCGCCCUGAACGUGCGCACGGAGGGCCGAACCGGUGGCAUCAGCAUCACGCCCGCCUGCCAGCCCUCGCCCACGCCCAGCAACGAGAGCACGGACACGGCCUCCGAGAUCGGCAGCGCCUUCAACUCGCCGCUGAGGUCUCCCGCGCGCUCGCAGAUGCUCCAGGGCGUUGUCGAGAGAGGAGUAUCUAAAGCAGUGGGUGGUUCUGUGAGUUUCGGUACUCUUGCCGUCCCGCAGGCUGCCACUCGACCCUCCAGCCCCGUGGCCUGCCACCUGAGCCGCGUGCUGUUCGGAGACGACGACGUCCUGCUGAGACUGGACACUCGACACAACCGCGCCGUCCGAGAGCUCGGAGCCCUGAUCAGCUCCACUCAGCUACAGCUCAGAGAGGACGGAACCAUCUACACACUGCCAAGUGCAGACGCGGUGUGUGACGUGGUGAAGAAGGCAGGCGGAGCGGAUGGUAAGGAGCCGAGUGACCGGUCGGAGGGAGGAGGUGCGGGUGGAGAGGAGGAUGGAGGGAAAGGAGGAGCGUCCCGGGAGCUAAAACGGGAGAAAGAGUGCGCAGAGACGAGCAAAGACAAGCCGAGAGCGGAGACGCCGAACUUUGUGGAGCCUGAGGCACUCACCAAGCCGCUUGGGGAGAAAUACACUCCUAAAGAGUUGUUGGCGCUGCUGAAGUGCGUGGAGGCCGAUAUCGCCAAUUACGAGGUGUAUCUGAAAGAGGAGGUGGAGAAACGGAAGAAAUACAAGAUUGAUGACCAGAGAAGGACCCAUAACUACGAUGAGUUCAUCUGCACCUUCAUUUCCAUGCUGGCACAGGAAGGUAUGCUGGCGAGCCUGGUGGAGCAGAACAUUUCCGUGCGCAGGCGGCAGGGCGUGAGCAUCGGCCGCCUGCAUAAACAGCGCAAGCCGGACCGAAGAAAGCGAUCUCGGCCGUACAAAGCCAAGCGCCAGUGAACGCGCCCCCGGACCCUCCGACACCGGCGCUGGCAAUUUCUCUUAGGAAAAAGGUGCUGAUAAACUCUCUAAGAACUAGUGAACAAACCAAUACAACCAGGACCUCUGAACACAGCUCAAACACAUUUAGGCUUAGGAUGACUAGCUCAGAGAAACACGAGAGCUCGUGAGAUUUACAAAAACAUCCCGUGACUGUACUUACACAGACUUGUGCUAGUGAACACACUUGAAUUGAUCAAAACUAGCACUGAUGAAUAUGAUGCUUAUGAAAUCUAGUACUGGACUACAUCACUGUGCACUUUCUGGCACAAACGCUAUGGCUA